CCUCUCUUUUUCUUUCUCUCUCUCUUUCUCUCUCUUUCUCUUUCUCUAUUUUUUCUUCGACUUCCCCUCUUCUGGAAUCGACGAAAAAAGUUUCUUGUGCGCGUCGGUGGAUGGAUCGUCGCCUUUGACAUCCCUCGAUAUCUGUCGGCUGUUAUCGUUCGGGUCGAGUUUGGCGACGGAAUCGAGGAUUCUCUUUAAGACGUAGAUUGGGUCUGUAGACGGGUUUAUCAGCUGUGCAUGUCCGAGUUCACUGGUAUCGGCGAGUACGGCUGCCACAACCAAUUUCUGUAACACCCGGAAAGCUUACGGCGCGUUGCAGUGGGAAUUUUAAACUGCUGCCCCGGCUGCCCGUUCGAGUGGGCUGGACUUUAGAGCUGGAGGAUAUACAUGGUGAAAGUUUUGGCGAUGAAGAUGAGCAAAGUGGGCAACCAGACCAAUUCGCAGGACCCACAGGCGGUGAAUUCCCGGGUUUUCGUCGGGAAUCUAAACACGUUCCAGUGCAGCAAGACCGAUGUGGAGCGAAUGUUUCAGCGUUACGGCCGUCUGGCAGGAAUAUCUAUGCACAAAGGCUAUGCAUUCGUGCAAUUCACAAAUCCCUUUGAUGCCCGGAGCGCCUGCCUCGGCGAAGAUGGCCGCACCGUUCUUAGCCAGAUACUCGACGUUAACAUGGUGGCCGAGCCGAAACCCCAUCAAACUGGGCGCAAGCGACAGAACGUGACCAAGACUGGCAACGAUUGGGACUACUACUACGACAGUUACUACGCGUCCACCGCUUUUCCACCCCGUUUGGCGCCACCAUUGAAGAGACCCCGGCUGAUGCCACCGGCUCGAUCCCAACAUCCUAAACAACAGAAGCAACAACCCGCCACGAACACGGCAACCGUACCCGAUCUGAAUCAAACUAAAUAUAGCAACCCGGAUAUCCUGAUCUGCGGCAAUUGCAGGGAGAUGUUUACGGAUCUGGGCGAGUUGCUCGAGCACAAGCGGAAUUACUGCAAACUGCGGUUCACAUGUAAAUGUCACACCUUCAAUGGAACAGCCCCAAGAGAUUCUACAACAGCUCUGCUAUGCGUUCUCUGCAAGGUAUCGUUCCCUUCAGCAUGGGAAUUGAUGGUUCACGCCCAGGCAGCUCACAUGAUCAACAUUUACGAGUUGGGAACCCGACCCCAAAGCCCCAGAUCCGCUCCCAGCCCCCCUCAGAGUCCAAGCCAACAUCAGAAGGAAUCAUCACCGUCACCUCAAGAUUUUCAGGAAACCAAAGCAUCAGAUUAUGAGGAACGCGCGGAAGAAGAAGAUCUGGAUGGACACGAAUUAUUGCCCUCCCCUGACAGUGGUAAAUCAACAGACAACGAGGCAGCUUUGUCACCGAUUAAAAUACGAUCUGAUGUAAAUGGACUGGACCACGAAGAAUGCGACGAGUUGAUCCACGUUGAGAACACUACACAAGCUUGCAUCAUGCAUGCCCUCAGCAUUGACUCGUCCUUGGAACUAAACUCUGACACAAACUCGAGGGGAAGUUCUGGCCCAGUCAUGGCGUUGACUAAUGGAUCCUUGUCUGCGAAGGAAUAAGUCGAAGAGGAGAGAGAGAAAAAAAAAAAGAAGAAGAAGAAGAA